GAGGGCGGAGCCUGCUUCUCCUCAAGGGAUGUUGAGGCAUUCCGCCGAAAUAGCAUCACUCACUCUUGCCGCACCGAGAUCGCUGCACUACAACUCCCACCUUCAUUCCCCUGCCUGCCCGCUCCGAGGACGGCGAAAUUCACUCAGUCCGCGGCGCCGUGCGUUGCUUUUUUAUUCAUUCUCUUUCUCUCUCUCUCUCCCGAAUGAGUACCCGACGAAGUGUGAGUCAGUCCACGCUGGAAACGCCGCCAAUGCGCGCUCCUUUGGAUAUUGCAGCUUGGGAAAUGCAGAUGCAGAUGGAAGACGACGACUUCGUACACCGGCAGCAAGACCGGGAGUAUCACCGGAUGGGCCUCUCGCAGUCGGUGGUCAAGACAUCAAACUUGUCCACCCCGAACGCAACACCCAUGAGCAAGGCCGAGUUGAGAAAAUGCAAUAAACCCAUCAUGGAGAAGAAACGACGGGCGCGAAUCAACCACUGCCUCAACGAACUCAAGUCACUCAUCCUCGACGCCAUGAAAAAAGACCCUGCUCGUCACUCAAAACUGGAGAAAGCAGACAUCCUGGAGAUGACGGUGAGGCACCUGCAGAGUGUUCAGCGGCAGCAACUGGCAAUCGCCGUCGCCACAGACCCUGGCGUCCUGAACAAAUUCAAAAACGGAUUUAGCGAAUGCGCCACCGAGGUGAGCCGCUACAUCGCCCGCCUCGAAGACGUCGAACCGGCCGUCAGGCAACGUCUGUUGAGCCACCUGAACCAGUGCGUCAACGGCCUGCAGCAGUUGACGCCCUUCAACUUUGGCGGCAGUAUCGGCCAACAACAGAGCCAGGCAAGCAACAACAUCAACGCCAGCGCGCCGAGCAUGCCGGUGUUGACGCCAACGCCGGUGCAGGGCACGCCAAACGCCUCUCCGCAGAUGCCGUUCCCAGCCGGCGACGUCAACAACAACAACACCCGCACUGGCAACGGAGUCCAGUUGGUGCAAAGCCGGUUGCCGAGCGGCGACAUCGCCUUCGUGGUGCCGUCCUCGUCGACCACGCCUCCCUACUUCCCGGCGCCGAUGGCCUCCUCGUCGCGGCUGAGCGCCUUCACGGCUGUCCACAGGUCGCUCAGUCCGACCAUGGCGCGGCCACCGGUCAUCUUCAGCCCGUCAUCGACCAGCAGCGGCGAUGAGUCUUCCAGUUCCUACCCCUUCUCGCAGAGUCCGUCCCCGCCGCAGUUGAUCAAGCCGACGGCCCUCACCCUGGAGCUGAAGACCCUGGCCGUCGCUUCAUCCUCCUCCUCCUCGUCCGGGGCCUCCUGCUCAACAUCCUCCACUUCAAAGGACGUACUCGACUUCUCCAUGAAGCCGCCCCCGCCGCCCAAGCGGCACGUCGAGGUGCUCGCCGACGCCUCCAACAGCAAAAUCUCCAGACUGGCGUUUCCCUCUAUCAACGUCAUGCCCAGCAACCGCGUCGGUGACGCGGAAAAUGCACACAGGCACGCGACAGACGGACACGACAGCAUGUGGAGACCGUGGUGAUUUCAAAUUUCUCUAAUGUGGUCCAAAUAAAUAAAAACCAAAUAAAAUUACUGAUAACUAUAGGGUUGGAAAAUUAAGACGAUUGGUCAUUUUUUGCGGGUCUGAUUUAUUUUUUACAACAAAUGAGCAUGAAUCGCACAAUUUUAAGACUUUUGAGCCAUACAAAAUAUCGUCUUAAAUCAUUCGUGAAUCCACAAACCACAUUUAAUAGAGCAAAAUGGUUUACAAUUCAAGUUGAAUUUAAGGUUUUCCUAAAAAAAAAAACAAGUUUUCCUUACAGUUUCUCAUUUUUAUUUUUUUUUAUCUGUUGGUUCCAAAAUUCGAUUCAAUUUUUAUUCAACCAUUUGCAGAAACUAUUUUAAAAUUUGCUAUCAAGAAAAAUCAAUUUAUCCUUACAGCUUCUUUUAGAAACUAAAACUAGGUAAAUAAAUUGUUACCCCUCAACAAUGUGAUAUUUUGGAAAAUAAGAGUAAAAACAGUCUAAUAUAUACCAUCUAAAUAGAGCUCAAACCCGUCUAAAAUUAGUCGCCAUUCCAUCAAAACACUCGUCUUAAUUUCCCUACCCUAUUCUAAUAAUAACUAAGCUAUACAUACCGCACACUGCCAGUUUUUAUGCAAAUACAUUGAUAAGCGUCGAGAAUUGGGGUUUUGUAGUUUUCUUGGUUGUAAAAUAUCUUUUGCAAAAUGUACAAUCAUUUUUUGACCAGAAGCUUUUGAAACUAGAGGCCUUGCACAAUAUUUACACUUGCUCAAAAAGACUUGACACGUUCUCUGUAUAAGAUAUAUUACAUAUUGUAAGACGACAUAAAAGUACCAAUACACCAUUCAAAAUGAAGCCUUAAAGUUUAACUUUGUAUCUAGCGUAGUUAAUUUUAUUUGAUCUCGAGAGGAAUGUACUUAAAUAUAUAAACGUAGCCCGACAACCAAUUCGCGUACCACAUUCUGCCAGUUGCCUUAUAGUACAUACUGAAAACGAAUUAUACUUAUGCUCACGUCAAGUGCAUUGACGUCCAUAAUAACUGUGUACAUUCCAAUGCACGCAAACACCGUCUUGUCAUUCCAUUUAUGUAAUAAUAAAUUAUUUGCUGUCCAAACGAAA